AACUUAUGACGUACAACUCAAGGUAUGAAAAAUGGCGGACUUGUGUAGUGAGUUUGGCGAUUUAGUUAAAAUAAAAAAACAGCUGAUCUCUGUGAUAUCGCUUUGUAAAGAAAGAGGACUUGUACAUAGCGUGAAAUGGGCUUCAGAGUUGGCAUUUGCCCUGGACCCCCUUCCCAAGAAUGAAUUACCUCCACCGGCAGCUUUUACUGAGGAGGAUGCUCAGGACCUGGAUGCUCUUGGCCUGGCCAAGUCCUACUUUGACCUGAAAGAGUAUGACCGCGCUGCCUACUUCCUUCGGGGCUGCCGCAGCCAGAAAGCAUACUUCCUGUACAUGUACUCUCGCUAUCUGUCUGGAGAAAAGAAGAAAGAUGAUGAGACGGUGGACAGCCUUGGGCCUCUGGAGAAAGGUCAGGUGCGUAAUGAGGCUCUGCGGGAGCUGAGGGUGGAGCUGAGUAAGAAGCACAGUGCUGGAGAGCUGGAUGGAUUCGCUCUGUACCUGUAUGGGGUGGUGCUGCGGAAGCUGGAUCUACUGAAGGAGGCGGUAGAUGUGUUUGUGGAGGCGACCCAUGCCUUACCUCUACACUGGGGAGCAUGGUUGGAACUCUGUAACCUCAUCACCAACAUUGACAUGCUGAAGUCCCUGUCUCUGCCAGACUGCUGGAUCAGAGACUUCUUCAUGGCCCACAUGUACACAGAGCUGCAGAUGAUCAAAGAGGCCCUGCAGAAAUACCAGAGUCUGAUUGAGUCCGGCUUCUCCAAGAGCACGUAUAUCGUCUCACAGAUCGCUGUGGCCUACCACAACAUCCGAGAUAUUGACCAGGCUCUGGCUCUGUUCAAUGAGUUGCGGGAGCAGGAUCCCUUUCGCAUUGAGAACAUGGACACGUUCUCCAACCUGCUAUACGUCCGGAGCAUGAAGCCAGAGCUCAGCUAUCUGGCCCACAACCUGGUGGAGAUUGACAAGUACAGGGUAGAAACCUGCUGUGUCAUCGGUAACUACUACAGUUUGCGGUCGCAGCAUGAAAAGGCAGCGCUGUACUUCCAGAGGGCUCUGAAGCUGAACCCUCGCUGCCUGGGGGCCUGGACUCUGAUGGGCCACGAGUACAUGGAGAUGAAGAACACCUCCGCUGCCAUCCAGGCCUACAGGCAUGCUAUAGAAGUGAACAAGCGAGACUACCGUGCCUGGUAUGGUCUGGGACAGACCUAUGAGAUCCUCAAGAUGCCCUUCUACUGCCUGUACUACUAUCGAAAGGCCCACCAGCUCAGGCCCAAUGACUCUCGUAUGCUGGUUGCUUUGGGAGAGAGCUACGAGAAACUCUCACAACAUGUGGAGGCCAAGAAGUGUUACUGGAGGGCUUACUCUGUGGGGGACGUGGAGAGGAUGGCCCUACUGAAACUGGCAAAACUUCACGAGCAGCUUAAUGAGGCUGACGAUGCGGCCCAGUGUUACAUCAUCUACAUCCAAGACAUCUUCUCCUGUGGGGAGCAGCUGGAGCAUGCAGAGGUGAGCACGGCGCUGCGUUACCUUGGCCAGUACUACUUCAAGAACAAGCUUUACGACGAGGCUUCACUGUGUGCACAACGCUGCUGUGACUACAACGACGCUCGUGAGGAAGGGAAGGCUCUGCUCAGACAGAUCUCCCAGGUCAGAGACCAGAUGGAGGCCUCAUCCACAGACCUGUUUGGACCGCUGUCCUCCAACAACAACACCCCUGUUAGGAGGGUGUCCCCCCUCGACCUGUCGUCCUUCACCCCCUGACACACAACCCUCGACCUGUCGUCCUUCACCCCCUGACACACACCCCUCGACCUGUCGUCCUUCACCCCCUGACACACACCCCUCGACCUGUCGUCCUUCACCCCCUGACACACACCCCUCGACCUGUCCUCCUUCACCACCCCACUGGCUAGCUGAAAGCUCUACUUCACUUUGACUCUAAUAGGACAACCUCAUCUCAGCCUUAUCCUGUUGGCUCCGUAUCCAGUUAUGGUGAAUUAGUACUUAAUGCCAUAUCGAGGGAGACUCAUCGAAGAGAUUGCUGUUCGUAAAUGUCAAGUCUUAUACAUAAUGUAAAUAUUUUCUGUGUAUGUUUACAUGUAGUCGGCAGUGCAGGAGUUGCCACCCUACUUUUGAAUAUGAAAGAAUUAUCUGAACCAUUGAAUCUGGAGUGUCAUUGGAUCAAUGGAAACUGCAUGCUCAUGUUACUUUAAGAAUAAAUUGAUUUCUUACAAGA